ACCCUCCACGAUCUCUCCCCAAUCCUCCUCCUCCCCACUCCAGUGCGCACGCACAGUCGCAGCAGGUCGAGGGAAGAACAACCAAGGAAAGGAAAGGAACAACAAUGGCGGUCCGCCGCCGCAGCACGUGCAGCGCCCGGGCGCCGAGCCUACCGGUAGCGGCGGUGCUCUUCCUCCUCCUGGCGGCCGCGCCGGCGUGCCUUGAGGCCGGGGGCCCGAUCAAGACGGUGGUGGUGGUGGUGAUGGAGAACCGUUCCUUCGACCACAUGCUGGGGUGGAUGAAGCGGCUGAACCCGGCGAUCGACGGCGUGACGGGCGCGGAGUGGAACCCGGCCAACACGACGGACCCGGCGGCGGGGCGCGUCUACUUCGGGGAGGGCGCGCAGUACGUGGACCCGGACCCGGGGCACUCGUUCCAGGAGAUCCGGCAGCAGAUCUUCGGCUCCGACGACGCGUCCGGCCCCGCCCGGAUGGACGGCUUCGUGCAGCAGGCGCGCUCGCUGGGGGGCAACAUGACCGACGCCGUCAUGCACGGCUUCGCGCCCGACAGCGUCGCCGUCUACCGCGAGCUCGUCGCCCAGUUCGCCGUCUGCGACCGCUGGUUCGCCUCCGUGCCCUCGUCCACGCAGCCCAACCGGCUGUUCGUCCACUCCGGCACAUCCGGCGGCGCCACCAGCAACAACCCGCAGCUGCUGGCCAAGGGUUACCCUCAGCGGACCAUCUUCGACAACAUCCACGACGCGGGCCUGUCGUUCGGCGUCUACUUCCAGGACGUGCCGGCGGUGCUCUUCUACCGCAACCUGCGCAAGCUCAAGUACCUGCUCGACUUCCACCCCUUCCACUCCAGCUUCCGCGACCACGCCAGCCGGGGAUCCCUCCCCAACUACGCCGUCAUCGAGCAGCACUACCUCGACUCCAAGCUCGACCCGGCCAACGACGACCACCCCUCCCACGACGUCUACCAGGGCCAGAUGUUCGUCAAGGAGAUCUACGAGACGCUGCGCGCAAGCCCGCAGUGGAACGAGACGCUCAUGGUCCUCACCUACGACGAGCACGGGGGCUUCUUCGACCACGUCCCCACGCCCGUCCACGGCGUCCCCAGCCCCGACGGCAUCGUCGGACCGCCGCCCUACAACUUCACCUUCGACCGCCUCGGAGUGCGCGUCCCGGCCAUCCUCAUCUCCCCAUGGAUCGAAAAGGGAACAGUUAUCCAUGGGCCGAAUGGACCGACGCCAACGUCGCAGUACGAGCACUCGUCGAUCCCUGCCACGGUGAAGAAGCUCUUCGACCUGCCGCAGGAUUUCCUGACGAAAAGAGACGCGUGGGCAGGCACCUUCGAGAGCGUCGUGCAGACAAGAACCGAGCCCAGGACGGACUGCCCAGAGCAGCUCCCGAUGCCGACGAGGAUCCGGCAGACGGAGGCGAACGAGGAGGCCAAGCUGAGCGAGUUCCAGCAGGAGAUCAUCCAGCUCGCGUCGGUGCUCAACGGGGACCAUGAGCUCACCAGCCUGCAGGACAGGAUCCGGGAUAAGAUGAACGUCAGGGAAGGCAUCGCCUACAUGCGGGGCGCCGUGAAGCGCUUCUUCGAGGCCGGCAUGUCGGCCAAGCGGAUGGGCGUCGACGACGAGCAGAUCGUCAAGAUGAGGCCUUCCCUCACCACCAGGAUUGAACGUCCAUAGACACAGUAGUGUGACAAAAUUAAAAGCACAUAUAUACUACUGUAGAAAUUAAGUUGCCGAUAUAUGGCAAA